AUGACAAAAAAGAUACACGUGAAAGUGCCAUGUGAGGCCCUUCCUUCCCCCAGCCUGGAGCCCUUCCCACAGAGCUCCAUCGUGGUCACCCUCGAGGACAUGGGGCUCUGGAUGAAGUUUCACCAGAUAGGAACUGAGAUGAUCAUCACCAAAUCUGGCAGACGAAUGUUUCCUCAAUGCAAAAUCAAAGUCUCUGGCUUAAUCCCGUAUGCCAAGUACCUCAUGCUGGUAGAUUUUGUGCCAAUGGAUAACUUCAGGUACAAGUGGAAUAAAGAUCAGUGGGAAGUUGCUGGAAAAGCAGAGCCCCAGCUCCCUUGUCGCACCUAUGUCCAUCCAGAUUCCCCAGCUCCUGGCAGCCACUGGAUGAAAGAACCUGUCUCCUUCCAAAAACUGAAGCUCACUAACAACACUCUGGAUCAACAUGGGCAUAUCAUCCUGCACUCCAUGCACCGUUACAAGCCGCGCUUCCACAUCGUGCAGGCCGAUGACCUCUUCAGUGUCCGCUGGAGCAUCUUCCAGGUGUUCAGCUUCCCUGAGACUGUCUUCACCUCUGUCACUGCCUACCAGAAUGAGCAGAUUACAAAGCUCAAGAUUGACAAUAAUCCAUUUGCUAAAGGUUUCCGUGAACAUGGGAAGAACACUCGAAGGGAAGGACGAGCCAAAUGCCAGAAGCCCAGUCCAGCCAAGAGCCAGAAGAGGAAGCUGCCUGAGGAAAAGGAACCUGCUGCUGAGGAACGUGAUUUUGAGAAAGAUGAGAAUGCAGACGUGAAGGAAGAGAGUAACCCUGUGGUGGUGAGCAGUGGAUAUCCCUUCUGGGGCUCGGAGCAGAACAGCAGCCAGGCCUUCCCUGCAGCCUCACCAGUGCCUGCUGACCAGAGGGAGGCUCUGGCCAGAGAGCAGCAGGUGCCAACACCAUCCUACCACACAUAUCGGUUCCAUGAAGCUGGGGACAGCCAGCAGCUUCCCAGCCGUGACACCGCGACCUUGAACGAUUUCCGGGCAAGGUGCCACGCCUUGGAUCUCGCCAUGGUGCCCGAGCAUGACUCCAAACAGCUCCCAGAGGGCUUCACCAACCUGCCCCCACUGCCCCCACCUCUGCCUCCUCCCCAGGACUACACAGGAGUGGUGAACAUGGCUCUGGACUCUGUGGGGAAAGCUGGGGCCCGGGCGCCCAUGUACAGUCCCUAUGGCACCGAGCAGGGCCUGGGGCAGUGGGUGGUACCUUCCCACAGCCAGUACAGGGCAAUGAGCUACUCGGCCUUCUCCACGGAGUACAACACACAAGGAACUCCAGGACAUGCCCAUGGCACCAUGGCAGAGUGGAGCCAGUACCCUCUGUUCCCCUACGCUUGCUGGUGAAUGGAGAGGACCCUUCCCAGUGAAAAAACUGAAAGAAAAUUGUAAAUGAGAUUGAAUUUACUGUUGGACUUGUGAAGUUUUGCCUACACUAGGCAGAGGUAUUGCUGCAAGCAGUAGCAUGGGACACCUUCACUUCCUUGUGUCCUUGCACAACAACCCUCACCAUAUUUCACAAGCAGUGGUUGAACUGGUGGCUGCCAGAGCCAUGUCAUUGUGGAUCAAGUUCAAUGUGUUGUGCAGUGGGUUUUUUUCCCAGCAGGAGCAGGAAACCACAGGUCUUCAAGAACAGAAUUUAAAGAGCUGCUGAACUUGCAGUCAGUGUUGGCGGUUUCCAACAACCCUUCCUCUUGGGACUUGUACAAGGAGAUAGGGGCUGAGGACUUCCAGUAAGCCAUCCACGUGGCCAAAAAGCUGUAGAAAACAUUGCAAAGGCAAGCAAAGCAAGCAAUCCUGGUGAACUCUGAGCAGCUUCCUCAGUCAGUGUAGUCAAAGUAAAGCUAGAGUCUUGCCUUUCUUCCAGCAGCAGAUGAGAGUAAAAUGCACAACGAGGUGUGUCUGGAGCACAGCAGGGGGAGAGUUUGCAGAGUCUGCAGGCAGGGGAGAGUGUUCCAUGCAGGAGAAGUAGCAGCAAGGCUGUGUGUGGUGCCUUCCUGUCCCCGUGUCCAUCCCUCCUCUGCCAGCCCUAGAUUUGAGGUCAGUGAAACACUCUUCAUUCUGUGGAGGUGGAGGGAUGUGGUUCAUGGAAUGUGGGGGGCUCCUCUGGGGCUUUCCAAGGUUGUCAGAAGCAGGGCCAUGAACAGCAGUGCUCUGUGUCACUCCAGCCUCUUCCUUUAGAGGGAAAGGAAAUUUUCCACUGCGAACUUACUCCUCCUGCUCUCUGCCACCCCUGGAGAUUAUCAUUUAUAGCUGUGGUUCCUGCACUGCUCUGUGAGUGUGUGAAGUUAUCUCACCUGUUUGGGAGUCUGCAGGGAUCUGUCCAUGUUUAGUUAUCAGAGUGGUUCCACCUCCCUCCCCUGUGGUCCCAUCCCGGGCAGGAGCAGCCUGUGCACGGCCAUGCAAUCAGGGAUUCUUUUCAUCUUCCUCUUAGAAGGGGAAGGCCCUCCCUGUUUGCCCAAGUGCAGAUGGCCCUGGCACUGGGGACGUGGUGACACAGACUCAUUGCUUCUCAGGGAGGAUAGACAUGCUGCUAGGUGUUAUUUAGGGAAUGUUUUCCUGUCACACUAAUAGCUGCUGUGUGACCUGCAGCCCUCAGUAGGCACUGAGGUGUGUCAUUUAGCCUGUGUGCCAGGUGGUUUUCUGUGUGCACACACGUGUGAGAGUGUGUGUGUAGCAAGAUGUUAUCUCUGAGCAGGCCUGUGCAGUUUGUGCCUCAGGACCCCUGUGCAGGGACACUAGGAAAGGCUGUGCGCCAGGUUUUUGGGGCACCAGCUCCUCACUGUGCAUUUGCAUAGCGUAGGGAUGUUGAGCCAUGUUGUUAUUGUUAAAAUGACUGUGAAAAGCAGCCCUGUAAAUUUGUGGGCUCAGCUACAAUGACUGUUUUCUUAUUUAAAUUGUAUAUUGCAAACUGCUUUUGUACCGCAAUUAUGAUAUGUACAGAGCAGCUGAGUACUUCUCCUGGUCUUCCCAGGAUUUGAGGAGGUACAGCAUUGAAAUAAAGGUCAGACUUUGCCACAGUACAUGUACAUAAUGCCCUGUGAGCCUCCUUUUUGAUGGCACCCUGGCCAUUAGUGAUUUGUACCUGCUGUGUGUGACACACAUGUAGAUGUGAACAACUCUCUUAAAAAGAAAUCUGGCUGGUGAAACAAAAUGUGGAGCAGGCCUUUGUUAAUAUCAAAAUAUCAUGAUUUCCUGCUGUCCAAAUGCCAGCUGUGUGAAGGCUGGUCAGCUGUAAAAGGCUGUCUCUGGCCAUUAGUAGUUAAUUUUGCUACUGUCCUUCCCAUCUUGGAAAUGAGAGGAGCAGAAUGGCGGGGGAGGUGAGUGAGUGCCUUGAGCACCAUGUGCAGGGACCCCGAGGGGGUACUUUGUGCAUGGGAUCGCUGCCAGCAGCAUGCACACAAGAGACAAAGAGAGAAUGAAUCCUCCCACAGGCUACCUGGUUGGAUCUGUUUCUUUAUCUUGGUAGCUGGGAUGUGUUUCCCUGUCACAGAGCGCUAAUGAGGAUGAAAAGCUGCAGUGAGCAUGAGUAACUGAGGACAGUUGGGCAGCACUGGGGAAUCCCUGUGAAAAUAGGAGUGCAAUGCCGUUUCUUUCAAACCUUUGCAGUAGCAGUGCAGGUGCUGCUGCCCCCUGGGCCUGUCGGUAGAGCUGGUUUGGCAGACGGCUCUGUGCUGGGGUAAAAGACUCGGCUUUGUGCCUAGGACGAGCCAUCAAUUACUCAUCAGCCUUCUGUUGCGACAGGACUGCUCGCCCUUCUCCAGUGAAUCAUCCGGCUUGCAGAAGUACCUAUCCUUUCUCUCUGAUUAGAGACUAGCUCGGCUUGUUCGGGAAGCCUUGGGAGAUUUUGCCUGUAGGUGUGCUCUGGACUCUGCUCCCGCCCCCUCCCUGUGCAGCUCCCACUGGCUUGUUUUCUUCAGCUGUGGCAUUUCAAGCCUGUACGAGCUCGACUGAAAUGCUGGUUUUGCACGCAUGUGAGAUAAUGUAAUGCCUCUGACAGCUUCAAUAAAAGGAAAUGAGACAUGUGGAAGUCAGGCCAUUAAGACUAAUAAAAUAAACUCAAAAGUGUAGGUUUUGUGAAUCUUUCUCAAGCACAACGUGCUGUGCUUCAUGUUACCUGGGGCCAGUUUGUACAUGCGUGACACGCUGUUGAUUUCAGCAUUCAUUGUUCUCCACAGUGUGUUCAGCGAGCCUCAGGUUAUCUGCUCACCCUGCUAGAUGUGAGUCAGGCUCUUGCACCAAUUCUUUGCAGCAAAUUGUUUAUUUUCUCUGUGUUUUCUGCUCCUCUCCUGCAGAGAAGUUACAUAAGGAGGAGGGCAAAUGGAC